GGAGGCUCCACGGCGCCGGCCCGGGUCCCCCGCUCUGCCCCACACCCGCCUGGCGCGCGCCGCGCUGCGCUGUCCGCGGAGUCCGCGGCCGCCGCGCACUUGGCUGGGGCGAGAGGAGAGAGGGGUGGGCGGGCUGCUCGCCUGGCAUUGGCGCUCUGCAGUGCAGUCAAGUGUUAGCCCAGCUCCCUAUAUGGUCGGGGAUUAGCUCGGCGCUGCUGAGGCUGAGCGAGGAGCGGGAGGAGGAGGACGACGAGGAGGAGAAAGAGCAACGGCAGAGCGGCAGUCAGCGCACGCCGUUGCCUGGGGGAAACAGAGGCGCCCGAAGCUGGGGCGCCGCGCACGCCCCGGGAGCCAUGGCCGAAACGGGAGAAGGAGGCGAGGAUGAGAUCCAGUUCCUGCGGACUGAGGAUGAAGUGGUACUCCAGUGCAUAGCAAACGUUCAUAAGGAGCAGCGGAAGUUCUGCCUGGCAGCCGAGGGACUUGGGAAUCGCCUGUGCUUCUUGGAACCCACCUCAGAAGCCAAGUACAUUCCUCCAGAUCUCUGUGUCUGCAAUUUCGUGCUGGAACAGUCCUUAUCUGUCAGAGCACUGCAAGAAAUGCUUGCGAACACCGUUGAAAAUGGCGGAGAAGGGGCAGCACAAGGGGGUGGCCACAGGACCCUGCUCUAUGGUCAUGCAAUUCUCCUGCGGCACUCUUUCAGUGGAAUGUAUCUAACAUGCUUGACCACAUCAAGAUCCCAGACAGAUAAACUUGCCUUUGACGUAGGUCUGCGGGAACACGCCACAGGAGAGGCCUGUUGGUGGACCAUACAUCCUGCUUCCAAACAGAGGUCUGAAGGAGAGAAAGUACGAAUUGGAGAUGACCUUAUCCUCGUCAGUGUGUCCUCUGAAAGAUACCUUCAUCUAUCAAUAUCAAAUGGUAACAUACAAGUGGAUGCCUCCUUCAUGCAAACACUCUGGAAUGUACAUCCUACGUGUUCGGGAAGUAGCAUCGAAGAAGGAUACCUACUUGGUGGGCACGUAGUUCGUCUUUUCCAUGGUCAUGAUGAGUGUUUGACGAUACCAUCUACAGACCAGAAUGAUUCUCAGCACAGGAGAGUUUUCUAUGAAGCUGGAGGAGCUGGGACCAGAGCCAGGUCUCUGUGGAGAGUGGAACCUCUUCGGAUAAGCUGGAGCGGCAGCAACAUCAGGUGGGGCCAGGCUUUCCGACUCCGGCAUCUUACCACAGGCCACUACCUGGCCUUGACAGAAGACCAAGGCCUUCUUCUACAAGACCGGGGGAAAUCGGACACCAAGUCCACAGCGUUCUCCUUCCGGGCAUCAAAGGAAAUCAAGGAGAAAUUGGAUUCCAGCCACAAGAGAGAUAUGGAAGGCAUGGGAGUUCCAGAAAUCAAGUAUGGGGAUUCUCUCUGCUUUGUCCAGCAUGUAGCCAGUGGCCUUUGGGUCACCUACAAAGCACAAGAUGCCAAAACUUCCCGCCUGGGACCUCUGAAAAGAAAGGUCAUACUCCAUCAGGAAGGCCACAUGGAUGACGGAUUAACACUGCAGAGGUGCCAGCGGGAGGAGUCCCAGGCUGCUCGCAUCAUCCGGAACACAACAGCCUUAUUCAGCCAGUUUGUCAGUGGAAACAAUCGCACAGCUGCCCCUGUCACCUUGCCAAUAGAAGAGGUCCUGCAGACCCUACAGGACUUGAUUGCCUACUUCCAGCUGCCAGAGGAGGAGAUGCAACAUGAAGACAAGCAGAAUAAGCUCCGCUCCCUCAAAAACAGACAGAAUCUUUUCAAAGAAGAGGGAAUGUUGGCCCUGGUGUUGAAUUGCAUUGAUCGCUUAAAUAUCUACAAUAGCGUAGCACACUUUGCAGGGAUCGUAAGGGAAGAGAGUGGCAUGGCCUGGAAAGAAAUCCUGAACCUGCUGUACAAAUUGCUAGCUGCUCUCAUUCGUGGAAACAGAAACAAUUGUGCUCAAUUCUCCAAUAACCUUGAUUGGUUAAUUAGUAAAUUGGACAGACUAGAAUCUUCCUCAGGUAUCUUGGAGGUCUUGCACUGCAUCUUGAUUGAAAGCCCAGAAGCCUUAAACCUGAUAGCAGAGGGCCACAUCAAGUCCAUCAUCUCCCUGCUGGAUAAGCAUGGGCGGAAUCACAAGGUUCUCGAUGUCCUGUGUUCCCUCUGUCUCUGCAAUGGGGUCGCAGUAAGAGCCAACCAGAAUCUGAUCUGUGACAACCUACUACCCCGGAGGAACCUGCUCCUGCAGACACGGCUAAUUAAUGAUGUCACCAGUAUCCGGCCGAACAUUUUCCUGGGAGUUGCUGAAGGCUCGCCACAGUACAAGAAGUGGUACUUUGAGUUAAUUAUCGACCAGGUGGACCCUUUCCUCACAGCAGAGCCCACACACCUGCGAGUGGGCUGGGCCUCCUCAGGCUAUGCCCCAUACCCUGGAGGUGGAGAAGGGUGGGGAGGCAAUGGUGUUGGUGAUGACCUAUACUCCUAUGGCUUUGAUGGACUUCAUCUUUGGUCAGGCCGAAUACCCAGAGCUGUGGCCUCCAUCAACCAGCAUCUGCUGAAGUCAGAUGAUGUGGUGAGCUGCUGCCUUGACCUUGGAGUACCCAGCAUUUCUUUCCGAAUCAAUGGGCAACCUGUGCAGGGGAUGUUUGAGAAUUUCAACACAGAUGGACUCUUCUUCCCUGUGAUGAGCUUUUCAGCUGGUGUCAAAGUACGUUUCCUGAUGGGUGGUCGGCAUGGAGAAUUUAAGUUCCUGCCUCCCUCUGGCUAUGCCCCUUGCUAUGAAGCCUUACUUCCAAAGGAGAAGAUGAGAUUGGAGCCUGUCAAAGAAUAUAAACGUGAUGCUGAUGGUGUUAGGGAUCUGUUGGGUACCACUCAGUUCCUCUCCCAAGCCUCUUUCAUCCCUUGCCCCAUAGAUACCAGUCAGGUUGUUUUGCCACUUCACCUAGAGAAGAUCCGAGACCGACUGGCUGAAAAUAUCCAUGAGCUUUGGGGAAUGAAUAAAAUAGAACUCGGCUGGACUUUUGGCAAAAUACGAGAUGACAACAAAAGACAACACCCCUGCCUUGUAGAGUUUUCAAAGCUCCCUGAAACUGAGAAGAAUUAUAACCUGCAAAUGUCAACGGAAACCUUGAAAACCCUGCUGGCCCUGGGGUGCCACAUUGCUCAUGUGAAUCCAGCUGCUGAAGAGGAUCUCAAGAGAGUCAAACUGCCCAAAAACUAUAUGAUGUCCAAUGGGUAUAAGCCAGCCCCUUUGGAUUUGUCUGAUGUUAAGCUGUUCCCACCUCAAGAAGUGUUAGUGGAUAAGCUUGCAGAAAAUGCACACAAUGUUUGGGCAAAGGACAGAAUAAAACAAGGAUGGACCUAUGGCAUUCAACAGGAUUUGAAGAACAAAAGAAAUCCCCGUCUGGUGCCAUAUGUAUUACUGGAUGAGCGUACCAAGAAAUCAAAUAGGGACAGCCUACGUGAAGCUGUACGAACAUUUGUUGGUUAUGGGUAUAACAUUGAGCCAUCGGACCAAGAACUAGUAGCUGACCCCACUGUUGAGAAGGUCAGCAUAGACAAGAUUCGAUUUUUCCGGGUAGAGCGGUCAUAUGCCGUAAAGUCUGGAAAGUGGUACUUUGAAUUUGAAGUGAUAACUGGAGGAGACAUGCGUGUUGGCUGGGCCAGGCCAGGCUGUCGUCCUGACAUUGAACUGGGGGCUGAUGACCAAGCCUUUGUGUUUGAAGGCAGCAGGGGUCAGCGUUGGCAUCAAGGUAGUGGGUAUUUUGGACGAACUUGGCAGCCCGGAGAUGUGGUCGGGUGUAUGAUUAACCUGGAUGAUGCUUCCAUGAUCUUCACACUGAAUGGGGAGUUGCUGAUCACCAACAAAGGCUCUGAACUUGCCUUUGCUGACUAUGAGGUUGAGAAUGGUUUUGUGCCCAUUUGCUCUCUGGGACUGUCACAGAUUGGCCGCAUGAAUCUUGGGACAGAUGCCAGCACCUUCAAAUUUUAUACCAUGUGUGGCCUCCAGGAGGGCUUCGAGCCUUUUGCGGUAAAUAUGAACCGAGAUGUAGCAGUGUGGUUCAGCAAGCGCCUCCCAACGUUUGUGAAUGUGCCGAAGGAUCAUCCCCACAUAGAGGUUGUGAGGAUUGAUGGCACCAUGGACAGCCCCCCAUGCCUCAAGGUGACCCACAAGACAUUCGGCACACAGAACAGCAAUGCCAACAUGAUCUACUGCCGCCUGAGCAUGCCCAUCGAAUGCCACUCCUCUUUCAGCCACAGCCCCUGUCUAGACAGUGAAGCCUUCCAGAAAAGGAAACAGAUGCAAGAAAUACUCUCUCAUACAACAACACAAUGCUACUAUGCUAUCCGCAUUUUUGCUGGGCAGGAUCCAUCAUGUGUCUGGGUUGGAUGGGUGACUCCAGACUACCAUUUAUACAGUGAAAAGUUUGACCUGAAUAAAAACUGUACCGUGACUGUCACCCUGGGAGAUGAAAGAGGUCGGGUCCAUGAAAGUGUGAAACGCAGCAACUGCUACAUGGUCUGGGGUGGGGACAUUGUAGCCAGUUCCCAAAGAUCAAGUCGGAGCAAUGUAGACCUAGAGAUUGGCUGCCUUGUAGAUCUGGCAAUGGGCAUGUUGUCCUUCUCAGCUAAUGGGAAGGAACUUGGCACCUGCUAUCAGGUGGAGCCUAACACCAAAGUAUUCCCAGCAGUCUUCCUCCAGCCUACAAGCACUUCUUUGUUUCAGUUUGAACUUGGAAAACUGAAGAAUACAAUGCCCUUGUCAGCAGCCAUAUUUAAGAGUGAAGAGAAGAACCCCAUCCCACAGUGUCCACCUAGGCUGGAUGUCCAAACAAUCCAGCCUGUGCUGUGGAGUCGCAUGCCCAGCAGCUUUCUCAAAGUGGAGACAGAGCGGGUGAGCGAGCGCCAUGGCUGGGUGGUGCAGUGCCUAGAACCUCUGCAAAUGAUGGCACUCCACAUCCCGGAGGAGAGCAGGUGUGUGGACAUCCUUGAGCUCUGUGAGCAGGAGGACCUGAUGCAGUUCCAUUACCACACCCUGAGACUUUACAGUGCUGUGUGCGCCCUGGGAAAUAGCCGAGUUGCCUAUGCCCUGUGCAGCCAUGUGGACCUCUCACAGCUCUUCUAUGCCAUUGACAACAAGUAUUUGCCCGGCCUCCUUCGAUCUGGUUUCUAUGACCUGCUCAUUAGCAUCCACCUGGCCAAUGCUAAGGAGAGGAAGCUGAUGAUGAAGAAUGAGUACAUCAUCCCCAUCACCAGCGCCACCAGGAAUAUCCGCCUAUACCCGGAUGAGUCCAAGAGGCAUGGACUACCUGGGGUGGGCCUGAGGACAUGCCUUAAGCCAGGCUUCCGGUUCUCUACUCCUUGCUUCGUGGUGACUAAUGAGGAGCAUCAGAAGCAGAGCCCUGAGAUUCCCUUGGAGAUUCUCAAGACAAAGGCUCUAAGCAUGCUGACAGAGGCUGUACAUUGCAGUGGGGCCCAUAUCCGAGACCCUGUGGGGGGUUCUGUGGAGUUCCAGUUUGUGCCUGUGCUGAAACUCAUCGGAACCCUCCUAGUCAUGGGCGUUUUUGAUGAUGAUGAUGUUCGUCAGAUUCUCCUCUUGAUUGAUCCCUCUGUGUUCGGGGAGCACAGUGGGGAGACGGAAGAGGGAGCAGAAAAAGAAAUGACCCAGGUAGAGGAAAAGGCAGUGGAGGCUGGAGAAAAGGCCAGCAAGGAGGCUCCAGUCAAAGGCUUGCUGCAGACCCGAUUACCUGAGUCUGUCAAGCUGCAGAUGUGUGAACUCCUCAGCUACCUCUGUGAUUGUGAACUGCAGCAUCGAGUAGAAGCUAUUGUGGCCUUUGGUGACAUUUACGUGUCCAAGCUUCAGGCAAAUCAGAAGUUCCGCUACAAUGAGCUCAUGCAGGCUCUGAACAUGUCUGCAGCCCUAACCGCCCGAAAGACAAGAGAGUUCCGUUCACCACCGCAGGAGCAGAUCAACAUGCUCCUCAACUUUCACCUGGGAGAGAACUGCCCCUGCCCAGAGGAGAUCCGAGAGGAGCUAUAUGACUUCCAUGAGGACCUUCUGGUUCACUGUGGAGUUCCCUUGGAGGAAGAAGAGGAGGAGGAGGAGGACACUUCCUGGACAGGAAAACUUCGUGCUUUGGUGUAUAAAAUCAAGGGCCUACCCAAGCCAGAGAAGGAACAGCCAAGAGAGGAAGAGGAACGGUAUCCUACAACACUGAAGGAACUAGUCUCUCAGACAAUGAUCCGCUGGGCCCAAGAGAACCAAAUCCAGGACGCAGAGUUGGUGAGGAUUAUGUUCAACCUCCUACGGAGACAGUAUGACAGCAUUGGGGAGUUGCUACAGGCUCUGCGGAAGACCUACACCAUCAGCCAGGCCUCCGUGAGCGACACCAUCAACCUGCUGGCUGCCCUGGGCCAGAUCCGGUCCCUUCUUAGUGUCAGGAUGGGCAAGGAAGAGGAGCUUCUCAUGAUCAACGGGCUAGGGGACAUAAUGAACAACAAGGUGUUUUACCAGCACCCCAACCUUAUGAGGGUCCUCGGCAUGCACGAGACAGUGAUGGAGGUGAUGGUGAACGUGCUGGGUGCAGAGAAAUCACAGAUCGCCUUCCCCAAAAUGGUGGCUAGCUGCUGUCGCUUCCUUUGCUAUUUCUGUCGAAUUAGCCGGCAAAACCAGAAGGCCAUGUUUGAGCAUCUAAGUUACCUGCUGGAGAACAGCAGUGUGGGCCUAGCCUCCCCAUCGAUGAGGGGGUCCACCCCGCUGGAUGUGGCUGCCUCCUCUGUGAUGGACAACAACGAGUUAGCGCUGGGCUUAGAAGAACCGGAUCUUGAGAAGGUGGUAACCUACUUGGCGGGUUGUGGCCUUCAGAGCUGCCCCAUGCUUCUGGCCAAAGGAUACCCUGAUGUUGGCUGGAACCCCAUUGAAGGGGAACGUUACCUGUCCUUCCUGAGGUUCGCCGUCUUCGUGAACAGUGAAAGUGUAGAGGAGAAUGCCAGCGUUGUGGUCAAGCUGCUCAUCAGACGUCCUGAGUGCUUUGGUCCAGCUCUGAGGGGUGAAGGAGGAAACGGACUGCUGGCGGCUAUGCAGGGUGCCAUUAAGAUCUCCGAGAACCCGGCACUUGACCUCCCCUCCCAGGGUUACAAGACAGAAGUACCAUUCAGCACAGCCGGCAAACCAGUGAGGCAGCAACGCCUUCUAGUUUCUACAGCACCUGCGAACAGCAUCGCCUCAGGAGGAUGCUCGGGAAAGCGUUUUGAGUGUUUGGCUUCCUCGCAGAUGACUGUGGAGUUUAAAGGUUCAGAGCUGAGUUGCACAGAGGAUGAUGAAGAGGAGGAAGAGAUUGUGCACAUGGGCAAUGCGAUUAUGUCGUUUUAUUCGGCUCUUAUAGAUCUACUGGGCCGCUGUGCUCCUGAAAUGCAUCUCAUUCAAACAGGGAAAGGGGAAGCUAUCCGGAUCCGGUCCAUCCUGCGCUCCCUGGUCCCCACAGAAGACCUGGUUGGAAUCAUCAGCAUACCCCUGAAACUGCCCUCACUAAACAAAGAUGGAUCAGUCAGCGAGCCAGACAUGGCAGCCAACUUCUGCCCAGACCACAAGGCACCCAUGGUGCUGUUCUUGGACCGUGUUUAUGGCAUUAAAGAUCAAACCUUCCUGCUCCACUUGCUGGAAGUUGGGUUUUUACCUGACUUACGAGCAUCUGCAUCUCUAGACACAGUGUCCCUCAGCACCACCGAGGCUGCGCUGGCACUGAACAGGUAUAUAUGUUCAGCCGUGCUCCCACUCCUUACUAGAUGCGCCCCUCUCUUUUCUGGGACAGAGCACUGCACCUCUCUGAUUGAUUCUACACUGCAGACAAUAUACCGGCUUUCCAAAGGACGGUCCCUCACCAAGGCUCAGAGGGACACAAUAGAAGAAUGUUUACUUGCCAUUUGCAAUCACUUGAGACCUUCCAUGUUACAGCAACUCCUACGACGUCUGGUUUUUGAUGUGCCACAGCUCAGCGAGUACUGCAAAAUGCCUCUUAAGCUGCUGACAAACCACUAUGAGCAGUGCUGGAAGUAUUACUGCCUGCCUUCAGGAUGGGGGAGCUAUGGGCUAGCUGUGGAGGAGGAACUGCACCUCACAGAGAAGCUCUUCUGGGGCAUAUUUGACUCCCUCUCCCACAAGAAAUACGACCUGGAUCUUUUCCGAAUGGCCCUGCCUUGUCUCAGUGCUAUUGCUGGCGCCUUGCCACCAGACUACUUAGAUACAAGAAUCACAGCCACACUGGAGAAACAGGUCUCGGUGGAUGCAGAUGGGAACUUUGACCCAAAACCUAUUAACACCAUGAAUUUUUCCUUGCCUGAAAAAUUGGAAUACAUUGUCACCAAGUAUGCUGAGCAUUCUCAUGAUAAAUGGGCCUGUGACAAGAGCCACAGUGGAUGGAAAUAUGGGAUUUCCCUGGAUGAAAAUGUGAAGACCCACCCAUUGAUACGGCCCUUCAAGACACUAACAGAGAAGGAGAAGGAAAUUUAUCGCUGGCCUGCCAGAGAAUCCCUGAAAACCAUGCUUGCUGUGGGCUGGACAGUGGAAAGGACCAAAGAAGGAGAAGCUUUGGUUCAACAAAGAGAGAAUGAGAAACUUCGAUGUGUGUCCCAGACCAAUCAGGGUAAUAGCUACAGCCCUGCUCCACUGGAUCUCUCAAAUGUUGUACUGUCCAGGGAGCUCCAGGGAAUGGUGGAGGUGGUGGCUGAGAACUAUCACAAUAUCUGGGCCAAGAAGAAGAAGGUAGAGCUAGAGAGCAAAGGUGGUGGCAGUCACCCUCUUUUGGUACCAUAUGACACCUUGACUGCCAAGGAAAAGUUCAGGGACCGAGAAAAAGCACAGGACCUGUUCAAAUUCCUCCAGGUGAAUGGCAUUAUAGUUUCUAGAGGUAUGAAGGACAUGGAGUUGGAUGCCUCCUCCAUGGAAAAGAGAUUUGCCUACAAGUUUUUAAAGAAGAUCCUGAAAUAUGUUGACUCUGCUCAAGAGUUUAUUGCUCACUUGGAAGCCAUUGUCAGCAGUGGGAAAACCGAAAAGUCUCCCCAUGACCAGGAGAUCAAAUUCUUUGCCAAAGUUCUCCUCCCGCUGGUUGACCAGUACUUCACCAACCACCGCCUUUACUUCCUGUCUUCUCCUCUGAAGCCACUUAGCAGCAGUGGGUAUGCUUCCCAUAAAGAGAAAGAAAUGGUAGCCAGCCUGUUCUGCAAGCUGGCUGCUCUCGUGAGACACAGGAUCUCCCUCUUCGGGAGUGAUUCAACUACAAUGGUGAGCUGCCUUCACAUCUUAGCUCAGACACUUGACACAAGGACCGUCAUGAAGUCAGGCUCAGAGCUGGUGAAAGCUGGGUUGCGCUCAUUCUUUGAAAAUGCAGCAGAAGACUUAGAGAAGACUUCAGAAAACCUGAAGCUGGGGAAGUUUACCCAUUCCAGAACGCAGAUCAAAGGUGUUUCUCAGAAUAUUAACUACACCACAGUGGCUCUGCUUCCCAUCCUGACAUCCAUCUUUGAGCACAUCGCUCAGCAUCAGUUUGGGGUGGAUCUACUCUUGAGUGACGUGCAGAUUUCAUGCUACCACAUUCUGUGCAGCCUCUAUUCCCUUGGGACUGGGAAAAACAUCUAUGUUGAAAGGCAACGUCCCGCUCUUGGAGAAUGUCUGGCUUCCUUGGCAGCUGCCAUCCCAGUGGCAUUCCUGGAGCCUAGCCUUAACCGCUAUAAUCCCCUCUCAGUCUUCAACACCAAGACUCCCAGGGAGCGGUCUAUUAUGGGGAUGCCAGACAAGGUGGAAGAAAUGUGUCCUGACAUCCCCCAGCUGGAAGGCCUGAUGAAGGAAAUCAAUAGCUUGGCCGAGUCAGGUGCCCGGUAUACGGAGAUGCCCCAUGUCAUUGAAGUGAUCUUGCCUAUGCUCUGCAACUACCUGUCUUACUGGUGGGAGCGGGGACCUGAGAACCUGCCCCCCAGCACAGGGCCCUGCUGCACCAAGGUCACCUCUGAACACCUCAGCCUCAUCCUGGGCAACAUCCUGAAAAUCAUCAACAACAACCUGGGCAUUGAUGAGGCCUCCUGGAUGAAGCGCAUCGCAGUGUAUGCGCAGCCGAUCAUCAGCAAAGCCAGGCCUGACCUGCUGCGAAGCCACUUCAUCCCCACCCUGGAGAAGCUAAAGAAGAAGGCAGUCAAGACGGUGCAGGAGGAGGAGCAGCUGAAGACUGACGGCAAGGGGGACACCCAGGAGGCUGAGCUGCUCAUCCUAGACGAGUUUGCGGUCCUCUGCAGGGACCUCUACGCCUUCUACCCCAUGCUGAUCCGCUACGUGGACAACAGCAGAUCUAACUGGCUCAAAAGUCCAGGUACGGACUCUGACCAGCUCUUCCGCAUGGUGGCUGAGGUCUUCAUUCUGUGGUGUAAAUCUCACAACUUCAAGAGGGAAGAACAAAAUUUUGUGAUUCAAAAUGAAAUUAAUAACUUGGCAUUUUUAACCGGAGACAGCAAAAGCAAGAUGUCAAAACAGCUUCCUCGGAGGGGAAUGGCCAUGCAAGUAAAGUCUGGAGGACAGGACCAGGAACGGAAGAAGACAAAGAGGCGAGGAGACUUGUACUCCAUCCAGACCUCCCUCAUCGUGGCUGCGCUCAAGAAAAUGCUGCCCAUUGGUCUGAACAUGUGUACUCCAGGCGACCAGGAGCUCAUCUCUCUCGCCAAAUCUCGAUACAGCUGUAGGGACACUGAUGAAGAGGUCAAGGAACAUCUGCGGAAUAACCUACACCUGCAGGAGAAGUCAGAUGAUCCAGCUGUAAAAUGGCAGCUGAACCUCUAUAAAGAUGUUCUGAGGAAUGAAGAACCUUCUAAUCCAGAAAAGACGGUGGAGCGUGUGCAGAGGAUCUCAGCAGCUCUCUUCCACCUGGAGCAGGUGGAACAGCCUUUGAGGUCCAAAAAGGCUGUAUGGCACAAAUUGUUGUCCAAGCAGCGGAAACGAGCAGUGGUGGCCUGUUUCAGGAUGGCUCCUCUCUACAAUUUGCCCAGGCACCGCUCUAUUAACCUCUUCCUCCAUGGCUAUCAGAGAUUUUGGAUAGAAACAGAGGCAUAUUCCUUUGAAGAGAAACUAGUACAGGAUUUGGCUAAAUCUCCCAGGGUUGAAGAGGAGGAAGAGGAAGAGACAGAAAAGCAGCCUGACCCGCUUCACCAAAUCAUUCUGCAUUUUAGCCGCAAUGCACUCACGGAGAGGAGCAAAUUGGAAGAUGACCCCUUGUACACCUCCUAUUCCAGCAUGAUGGCCAAGAGUUGUCAGAGUGGUGAGGAUGAAGAUGAAGAGGAAGACAAGGAAAAAACAUUUGAAGAGAAAGAGAUGGAGAAGCAAAAAACAUUGUAUCAGCAAGCGCGCUUGCAUGAGCGUGGUGCUGCCGAGAUGGUCCUUCAGAUGAUAAGUGCCAGCAAAGGUGAGAUGAGCCCCAUGGUGGUUGAGACUCUGAAGCUGGGGAUUGCCAUUCUGAAUGGAGGCAAUGCUGGUGUGCAACAGAAAAUGCUAGAUUACUUAAAAGAGAAAAAAGAUGCUGGAUUCUUUCAAAGCCUUUCCGGUCUUAUGCAGUCUUGCAGUGUCCUUGAUUUGAAUGCAUUUGAGAGGCAGAAUAAAGCUGAAGGCCUGGGAAUGGUUACAGAGGAAGGAACACUCAUUGUCCGUGAGCGUGGUGAAAAGGUACUCCAGAAUGAUGAGUUCACACAAGAUCUCUUUAGAUUCCUACAGUUGCUCUGUGAAGGACAUAACAGUGACUUUCAGAACUUCCUAAGGACUCAGAUGGGCAACACCACCACCGUGAACAUCAUAAUCAGCACCGUGGACUACCUGCUUCGUCUGCAGGAAUCAAUCAGCGAUUUCUAUUGGUACUAUUCAGGAAAGGACAUCAUUGAUGAAUCUGGACAGCACAAUUUCUCUAAAGCUCUGGCAGUCACCAAGCAGAUUUUUAAUUCUCUUACAGAGUACAUCCAGGGCCCUUGCAUUGGGAACCAGCAGAGCCUGGCUCACAGUAGGCUGUGGGAUGCGGUGGUUGGAUUCCUCCACGUAUUUGCUAACAUGCAGAUGAAGCUCUCUCAGGAUUCCAGUCAGAUCGAGCUGCUGAAGGAACUCUUGGAUCUCCUUCAGGACAUGGUGGUGAUGCUUCUGUCCCUACUGGAAGGAAAUGUGGUAAACGGAACUAUUGGAAAGCAGAUGGUUGACACACUGGUAGAAUCAUCUACUAAUGUAGAGAUGAUCUUGAAAUUCUUUGACAUGUUCUUGAAACUUAAAGACUUAACCUGCUCAGACACCUUCAAAGAAUAUGACCCAGAUGGUAAAGGGAUCAUCUCCAGAAAAGAAUUCCAGAAGGCCAUGGAAGGUCUAAAGCAAUAUACACAGUCAGAGAUCGACUUUCUCCUUUCAUGUACAGAGGCUGAUGAGAACGACAUGUUUAAUUAUGUUGAUUUUGUAGAGCGGUUCCAUGAGCCAGCCAAGGACAUUGGGUUCAAUGUGGCAGUGUUAUUGACAAAUCUCUCCGAACACAUGCCAAAUGAUUCUCGCCUAAAGUGUCUGUUGGACCCAGCAGAAAGUGUGCUAAAUUACUUUGAACCGUACCUGGGUCGAAUCGAGAUCAUGGGUGGGGCCAAGAAAAUCGAGCGUGUUUAUUUUGAGAUCAGUGAAUCCAGUCGAACUCAGUGGGAAAAACCUCAAGUGAAGGAAUCGAAGCGACAGUUCAUCUUUGAUGUCGUCAAUGAGGGUGGGGAGCAAGAGAAGAUGGAGCUGUUUGUGAACUUCUGUGAGGACACAAUCUUCGAGAUGCAAUUAGCAUCUCAGAUCUCAGAAUCUGACUCAACCGACAGACCGGAAGAGGAAGAGGAAGAGGGUGAAGAUUCUGCUUAUGCGAUAGAAAUGGACGGGGAGGAGGAGGAAGAUAAGUCUUUUGAAUCUGCCUCUGCCUUUGCCAUGGCCUGUGCCUCAGCGAAGAGAAACGUCACCAACUUUCUGAAGAGGGCAACCCUGAAGAACCUCAGGAAACAGUACAGGCAUGUAAAGAAGAUGAGUGCGAAGGAGCUGGUGAAGGUGUUCUUCUCUUUCUUCUGGACGUUGUUCGUGGGCCUCUUCCAGUUGCUCUUCACCAUCUUGGGAGGAAUCUUUCAGAUCCUCUGGAACACAGUGUUUGGAGGGGGCCUUGUAGAAGGAGCAAAGAACAUCAGAGUGACCAAGAUCCUAGGUGACAUGCCUGACCCCACCCAAUUUGGGAUCCAUGAUGAUGCAAUGGAAGCUGACAGGGCAGAAGUGAUUGAGCCGGGUGUCACCACUGAGCUGGUCCACUUUGUAAAGGGUGAGCCGGGAGAUACAGACAUCAUGUCAGAUCUCUUUGGAAUCCACUCCAAGAGAGAAAGUGGCUUAAAACAAGGGCCUGAAGUGGGAUUGGGUGACCUCUCUGAAAUCAUCGGCAAGGAUGAACCCCCUACAUUAGAGAGUACUGUGCGGAAGAAAAGGAAAGCACAGGCAGCAGAGAUGAAAGUGGGGCAUGACGUGGAAGGAAAGGCUGAAUCUGAGAAGGCUGACAUGGAAGACAGAGAAAAGGAGGACAAAGUCAAGGAGGAGGGACAAGCCGAGUACCUGUGGGCACAAGCACCGGCGAAGAAGACGCGCCGACGUGGUCAGAAGGCUGAGAAGCCUGAAGCCUUCAUGGCCAACUUCUUCAAAGGGCUGGAAAUCUACCAGACCAAGUUACUGCACUACCUGGCCAGGAAUUUCUACAACCUGAGGUUCCUUGCUCUGUUUGUAGCCUUCGCUAUCAACUUCAUCCUGCUUUUUUAUAAGGUCACUGAAGAACCUUUGGAGGAAGAGACGGAGGAUGUUGCAAACCUGUGGAACUCCUUCAAUGAUGAUGAUGAGGAAGAAGCCAUGGUAUUCUUUGUUCUUCAGGAGAGCACUGGGUAUAUGGCACCAACACUGCGUGCCCUGGCCAUUGUCCACACCAUCAUCUCUCUGGUCUGUGUGGUGGGCUAUUACUGCCUGAAGGUGCCUCUGGUGGUAUUCAAAAGGGAGAAAGAAAUUGCCAGGAAGCUGGAGUUUGAUGGCCUUUAUAUCACUGAACAGCCAUCUGAAGAUGACAUCAAGGGGCAAUGGGACCGCUUGGUGAUCAACACGCCAUCUUUUCCCAAUAACUACUGGGACAAGUUUGUGAAGAGAAAGGUGAUCAACAAGUAUGGAGAUCUCUACGGAGCGGAGCGCAUUGCUGAACUCCUGGGUUUGGACAAAAAUGCCCUGGACUUUAGCCCAGUAGAAGAGACCAAAGCAGAGGCAGCAUCUCUGGUGUCAUGGCUAAGUUCCAUCGACAUGAAGUACCAUAUUUGGAAGCUGGGGGUGGUUUUCACUGACAACUCCUUUCUCUACCUUGCCUGGUAUACAACCAUGUCUGUCCUGGGCCACUACAACAACUUCUUCUUUGCUGCUCAUCUGUUGGAUAUUGCGAUGGGCUUUAAGACCUUGAGGACAAUCCUUUCAUCUGUAACUCACAAUGGCAAACAGCUGGUUCUCACUGUUGGCCUCCUGGCUGUAGUCGUUUACCUCUAUACUGUGGUGGCUUUCAACUUCUUCCGCAAGUUCUAUAACAAAAGUGAAGAUGACGACGAGCCGGAUAUGAAGUGUGACGACAUGAUGACAUGCUACCUCUUCCACAUGUAUGUGGGAGUGAGAGCGGGUGGCGGCAUUGGUGAUGAAAUUGAAGACCCCGCCGGUGACCCUUACGAAAUGUAUCGCAUCGUCUUUGACAUUACCUUCUUCUUCUUCGUCAUUGUCAUCCUGCUGGCCAUCAUUCAAGGUCUGAUUAUUGACGCUUUUGGAGAGCUGAGAGACCAGCAGGAACAAGUACGUGAAGACAUGGAGACCAAAUGCUUCAUCUGUGGCAUUGGCAAUGACUACUUUGAUACAACCCCUCACGGUUUUGAAACACAUACGCUGCAAGAGCACAACUUAGCCAAUUACCUAUUCUUUCUGAUGUAUUUGAUUAACAAGGAUGAAACAGAACACACGGGUCAGGAAUCUUACGUGUGGAAGAUGUACCAGGAAAGGUGCUGGGACUUCUUCCCAGCUGGCGACUGCUUUCGUAAGCAAUACGAAGAUCAGCUCGGAUAAGUCUGAGUUCAAGACAAGCCAUGAUUCUGGACAGUCACCUUCUAAUGAAACAGAAUCCUUUUUUUAUACUUCUUUAAAAAAAAAAUCUAUAUUUGGAAAUUGAUUUGGCAUCUGUGCCCAAUGGACAAAGGAUGGCAAACCGUCAAGGAUUCCACCCGGCUGCUCACAGGGCUCCCAGUUCUAAGAACCCAGUCUAAGAGUUGAACUAGUUUCUUGGAAUAGUUCAGAGAAAUACGAAGUCUUGAACACCUAAAUGUCAUGCAAGAGGAUGCCAGCCAGGGACUAAUCGGGAGACCUACACAAAAUUAUGUUCAAUUCAUGUUAACUGCAACCUAAUUUUUCCAUGGUACUUGCUAGUGACUCUAUCCAGAAUCAGCUUGAGAAGCUUUAAGCAGCUAAAGAAAUAGAAAACAAACACUUUGUCGAAACCGAAAUAUCGAUUAAGUGCCUUACAAAUCUCUUUAGAUAUAGCUAUGCAAGUUUUUUAUGUUUGUGUUCCGGAAGGACAACUCCAUUAAACAGCUGUGCUGCUAUUCUGUCUUACUUUAUGAAACUGCACCUGAAGGUUAUUCACAUCAUUUCUUCACUAACAGCUUCUCAACUGCUGUUAGUUGAAGAAAGGCACUGUACUGAAAUUUCAGAAAAAUCUCAACCUUAUACCAAACUUGAGUGAUGCUUUAUGGUCCCAUGUAAGUAGUGGAGCUGCUGUGUUUUAGGUCAAUCUCCUCCAAUAAAGUCAAGUGCCCACUGCAAUAAAGUAACACAUGCCAGUUCA